UUGGGAGGCCGCCCUCCGUUUAAGGACAACUCCUCGUUGGGACCUCCGGGGUGGAGAUCAGCAGAAGCCCCAAGAGGAAGAAAUAGCCCUCGCUUCGUUGGGGAAAGAAGCCUUUUCUUUAGCCCCAAGAGCAGCCUUGGCUCGCCCUUUCUUGUCGCCAUCUCUGGCAAGCAUGGCUGACACCUUGAGAAGACUAAUCCACAAUGAGACCUGCAGGAUUUUGCAGGAGAAGCUGGAAAGUUGGUAUAAAGACUAUUACAUUAACUCAUGUAAUAAAAAUUUGACUCAGUGCUGCGAAAUCAUGGAGCUGAAUUCUGUGAUCCAGGGACAGCUGUUUUCGAUUCUCAAUCAAGCUUGUCGAGAAGGUGGCAAUUAUGAAAGUAUGGAAAUAAUAAAAUCUCGUCUCCUCCCAUGGUUGGGUACUUGCUUUUCUAGCCCCUCCUCUGGAAGCACCCUGGACACAUGUUCUUCUGUAUUACAGGAAUCCCUCGAGAAAGACAGACUGCUGAGGGAGUUAAGCAGCGUUCGGAGUUUUGAAGUUGAACAGCUGGAAAAAGAACUGAGUGCCACGCGGUUACGGCUGAAUUUGGUGCAACAAGAUCUGGCAGAAGCCAAGUUGUCUCUUGAAGACACAAAGACCAAAUCAGCUACUACACUUUUGGCAGCAGAAGAUGAAAUUGUUCAGCUAAAAACAGACCUAAAUGCUUCUCGGGCAAAAUCAGAUAGCACUUUGGCGACUCUAGAACAGCUGGAGGAGUACGAGAAUCACCUUCAGAGGAUGAAGGAUGAAAUUGCUAUCCUUCGGGCUGAGAAGUCUCUUCUUCACAGCAGACUUGCACGAGGUCGAUCUCCUUCUCCUAGACUUGCCCGAAGUAGAUCUCCAAGUCCGCCUCAAAAUUUUUCGCCCAGCUGGGGAAGACUUACUCAUGCUUUGCGCCACACUCGCCUCGUGGAACGAUUCAAUAACGUUUAUUCUCAGGAACGCCUAAACGCUCAAAGUCUCUUGAGGAGCUACACCGAUGAUCUGGAAACGGCGCAGAGAAUUAUCUACACCGCUGUUGUGGAGUCCUUCUAUGUAGCAAAGAAGGCCUUCAGACAGUUCAAAAUGCGUGUUAGGAAGACCCUGGCCCUCAGUUACUCAGGGUCUGAACCACUUGAAGAUAUGGUGAUGGAGUAUAUAAUUCGUCAGGAAGACCUCUAUGAUGUUCAGUCCAGCGUCAGUGAAGUCAUCUGCGCUCUGAACAUCAGUCCUAAGAUUUCUCUCCCAGGCGUUGAUUUCAUCAUGAUCAGUAGCUUGAUACGAGAGUUAUGCCGGAUAGCUUUUUCCAUGCAAACUUUAGAUCCGCCCCUUGACGUUUCUUUUGGUACAGAUGGAGAGCUGUUCAGCGAGUACAAGUACCGUCGCAGCUAUGAUUCUGAUUUCACAGCUCCACUGGUGGCUUAUCACAUCUGGCCAGCGCUCCUGGAAGAGGACUCAGUGAUUGUGAAGGGAGAGGCUGUAACUAAAAGAGGUGCUCUGUGGUCUUCCAGAAGCAGAAACAGGAGUCAAAGUCGCAGUCGUAGUGCUAGCCCUCUGUCUCGUAGUACAGGAUACUCUCGGAAUUUGACAACUCGAAGCCGGAGUCCUUCCCCAUUAAGGAACGGAAGCCCAAGAAAGUAGAUUCUCCAAUAGGAUAUGGGUUUUUUUGAUUCUGUUCAUCUCGACCCAUCUGCUUCUACGGUGCCUUCUCCAGUUCCAGUAGUACCUCAAACUACAGUUAAAAUAAUGUGAACAUCUGCUUUGAAUACCUCCGACAAAGCUUAAUAUGUUUUUUAUAACUCUUCAUUUUUUUUCCAGCAAAAUGAAUGCAGCCACGAUUUUAAAAUUGCAUGUGCAUUUGAAGGUUUCUUGAUCUUUAAAGAUUGUUUACAUAGCUUGUGACAUCACUUCCUUUUGCAGAAUUCGGAGGGCGAAAUGGGAUAGGAUGUCGGCAUUCAAUAUAUUGUGAUAGCAGACUUUUAGGGUUUAUUUUGAGAACCGCAAUAUGUUGAGGCUGCAUUCCUAUAUUGUGUGUAUUUGCUUGCAACUGAGUUUUGAUUAAACUCUGUGGGACUUAAUACAGAGUAGAUGUGUUUUAAGAUUGCAUGGUACGGAUGUCUUUUGAAGUAUAAUCACAAGAUGGUGCUUAUUUAGGGCAUUUGAAUAAAAUUUAGGGCAUUUAGUCCAAUUGUAAGAAAUGGAAUGAAAGAUGCCUAUUGUUGCUAAGAUCAAGCCCAGUGAAAAUAUAUAGCUAUAUUUUCAUGGAAAUAUGAUCGUAACAUUGUGGUUUUUACAUAAUUAUGUAACUGUUGAUGUAAGAAUUAGAACUUUUUAUUUCAGCAGUAGACAUGUACUCAAUUUCACAAUAACAGGGAGUAAUCUUUUCUAUUGCUCAUGACUGUAUAAAUAAAACACCAUCUUUAUUUUUAAACCUAUAAGAAAUAUACACCACUUAGACUUUUGAAACACAUUUUCAUUAAUGUUUCACAGGGUUACCUACUGGAACAUGUAUUUUCUUCUCUUUAAGGAAUUGACCCCUCUGGCUUUGCUUAAUGCCAGAACUAAUGUGCCCUUAAAUCUGUAUAAUCUGAAGGAACCCAAAUGUUCCACACAUUUCAAUUUUUCAAGACUCUACAAAGAGCGCAGAGAA